UCCAAUCAUCCACAUUUAGAAUAUUCAAAGAUUGCAAAGARAUCCACAGUGAAACUUUGUCAAAAGCCAACAUUUCAUGGUAUCGUAGUUCAAAAAUCAUUGAAAUAGGACGAGUAAGCUCGCAUGUUGUAGAUCGUCAAUUCUUUGGUGAAGUUAUGGACCUGUAUUUCAUCGACGGUGCAAUAAACAGCGAACAGUUGGCCAAGCUCCGAGGCUGCAUGUUGGGUACGUCGUACAAGAUGAUGUACAGCGAUACCAUAGACAACCAUGCCAUUGUUGGUCCUCUGUUGAAGUCCAUCAACACAAACAACGACAACGAGUGCAAAGAUGCCUGCUUCAUGCACGUCCCUGAUGUAUGCUACAUGUUCAACUAUUAUCCACAGACCAAGAAAUGUGAGAUGUUCUACAAAGAUAAUGUGUCUGAAUACAAGGUGGAAAAGAGGAAUGGAUSUUAUUUUAAAACCCGUGAGUGUAAAGUAAAUCCGUGUCUUGAUGGCAAACGGUGUUACUCACUCGGCGACCAUAGCCACACAAGCUGCAUUUAGAAAGUUUCAGGUUAUCAUGCGCUAUUUUAAAAGAACAGGAAUCUGACUAAAAUAUGACUAGAAUCACUCGCCAUGACACGGAAUCCAGAAACCGACAAAAGUUUAGCUCUGGAAUACGGAGCCCAUAUCAAUUGAAAGAAAUCCCGUAGAACAAGAGGAAUCCGGAAAAAAAGUUAGAAUGCUUUGCGAAAUUUUCCAUGAAAUCCGUUAUCCAGGAGCUGGGAGACUAACAUUAAGAAAUGCUCCAGAUUCACACAUAACGAUAAUAACGAUAAAAAAAGCACAGUAAAAUCCAUGCAAAGUCAAUGAUUAAAAACGUGUCC